AUGCCCCAGCGGAAGUCCCCCUCCGUUUUCUCUCGUCUCCUCAUCCGGGCGGACUUCCUGAAAGGGUUGCCGGUUUACAACAAAACCAACUUCAGCCGGUUUCACGCGGACUCCGUCUGUAAAGCGUCGAACAGAAGGCCCUCCGUCUAUCUGCCUACGCAGGAAUAUCCGUCGGAACAAAUCAUUGUUACAGAAAAGACAAAUAUACUCUUGCGCUACCUACAUCAACAGUGGGACAAAAAGAAUGCGGCAAAGAAGAGAGACCCCGAACAAGUGGAAAUAGAGGGAGAAAACUCCGCCCCGCCCCGCAAAAUCGCCCGGACAGACAGCCAAGAUAUGAACGAGGACACUUAAAACUUUUUUGUUUUUUUUUGUUUUUGUUUUUUUUGCUUGUCUUUGGUGUUUAAAA